AUGGCCUAUAGGGUCCUGGGCCGCGCGGGGCCACCUCAGCCGCGGAGGGCGCGCAGGCUGCUCUUCGCUUUCACGCUGUCGCUCUCCUGCACUUACCUGUGUUACAGCCUCCUGUGUUGCUGCGACGACCUCGGCCAGAGCCGCCUCCUCGGCGCGCCUCGCUGCCUCCGCGGCCCCGGCGCGGGCGGCCAGAAACUUCUCCAGGAGUCCCGCCCCUGCGAUCCCUCGGGCCCGACGCCCGGCGAGCCCGGCGCUCCCAGCGCGCCCGCCGCCGGCGCGCCCUCCCCUCGCCUCUCUGGGUCCAACCACUCCGGCUCUCCGAAGCUGGGUACCAAGCGGCUGCCCCAAGCCCUGAUCGUGGGCGUGAAGAAGGGGGGCACCCGCGCCGUGCUGGAGUUUAUCCGCGUGCACCCGGACGUGCGGGCCUUGGGCACCGAGCCCCACUUCUUCGACAGGAACUACGGCCGCGGGCUGGACUGGUACAGAGCUUCCAUUUCCAUCCAUAAUUAAUAAGCCACUCGGUGCAUCGGAGGGGAGCUGAAGGAGAGAUGUGAGCGAUUCGUAAGUAGCUGUCCUCUUGGAUCCGAGUCUGUUCUCAGGAAGCUGGCUGGGGGGAACCAGUCUUCUCACGUGCCUCUGAUGUUCCCGGGCUUGGGGUUCGGGGGAUAGCAAGGUAU